AUGCUCGCGCUCAAGCGGCCCCGUCUGAAGGUCGGCCAGCCUGGGUCUGCUUUUGCGGAGGGCAAUCAGCGAUGGACGAACAAAGAUCUCGACCCCGUCCCCCGCCACGCCCGCAAGUGGGGCGUGACCUCUUUCCUCGCCUACUGGGUGUCCGACGCCUUCAACGCAGCAACAUGGCAAUUUGCAGCCGGAAUCAUAUCCAUCGGCCUAAGCUGGCGGGAAGCGAUAGGAAUCGUUGCGCUGGCUUUCUUUAUCGUUAGCUUUGUGAUCGCCCUCAAUGGCGCGAUUGGGGUAAUACAUCAUGCGCCAUUUCCAGUGCUGGCGAGGGCGAGCUGGGGUUUCUGGGGCAGCUACAUUGCGAUUGUGAGCAGAGCUAUUCUGGCCAUCUUCUGGUUUGCGAUCCAGACUAUGAACGGGGGAAAUACGGUGAGGGUUAUGCUUGGCGCGAUCUGGCCGAGCUUCUUGACGCUGAACAACCAUAUCCCGGAAAGCCAGGGCAUUGACACGAAGUCGAUGAUAUCCUUCUUCCUCUUUUGGCUGAUUCAAGUCCCAUUUUUGGUCAUGCGCCCAAACAACUUGCGAUGGCUGUUCAUGGUGAAGAGCGUCGUGGUGCCGGUGGCGUGGAUCGCGAUCCUCGUUUGGGCGUUCGUGGCGACAGAUGGCGGAGGUGAUUUGUUUACACAGAAGAGUAAAAUCGAAGGAAGUGCGUACAGUUGGGCAUUUCUGAGCAGCCUGACGAGUGUGAUUGGGAACUAUGCGACGCUGAGCGUCAAUCAGGCCGACUUCUCGCGCUACUCGAGGGUUAGCGUGAAGUGGCAGAUUAUAUACGUGCCAUUCUUACCCAUCAUCUUCACAUUCAUCGCCUUCAUCGGCAUCGCCGCCUCCUCUGCCGGUGCCGCCCGCUACGGAACCCUGGAAUGGGACCCCAUGGCCCUCAUCUCGCACUGGUCCUCGCGAUCAUGUCGCUUCUUCGCAGCAUUUUCCUUCGCACUCGCGGCACUAGGUGUAAACAUCUCCGCCAACUCUCUAUCCGCGGCAAACGACCUCGCCGCUCUAUUUCCCCAAUAUGUAAACAUCCGCCGCGGUCAGCUACUUUGCGCCCUCAUCGCGUGGGCCCUCGUCCCGUGGAAGAUUCUCAAAUCCGCAGGCUCGUUCCUCAAUUUUAUGUCUGCGUAUGCUGUUUUCCUCGGCCCUAUCGCCGCUAUCAUGGUCUUCGACUUCUACAUAAUCCACCACCGGCGUUACGAUACGCUAGCGCUGUAUCAACCGCACGGGAUCUACCGAUACUGGCAUGGCGUAAACUGGCGCGCUGUCGUGGCCUUCAUCGUCGGCGUCGCGCCCAAUAUGCCGGGGUUCAUCAACUCCAUCAAUGAGAAUAUCGACGUUGGGGUGGGGAGCAGGCCGUACACGUUUGGAUGGUUGUUGGGGUUCGUGGGGACGAGUAUCGUGUAUGUGGGACUGAGUCGGGUGUGGACACCAGAGGAGACGCUGAUUGAGAGGGCGGUUGGCCCAGAUGAGGUAUACGACGCGGAAAGCGUGGAUGAGGGGGUUAGUGUUGGGAAUGGAAGUGGUGAGGAUGGGUUGGAGACGGUUGAGAAAGGGGGGUGGAAGGGUAGGUUGGAGAGGAUGCUAUGA